AUGGGGGAUGGAAGCCUAGGUACCAGUCUUGGAGAGAGCCACCCAGAUGAACUCCCCUCCCCCAGAGGUUCCAGUGGGCACUACCUCCACCCCGGCCAAGGGCUUGGAGGACAGUGGCCGGGCUUGGAGGACAGUGGCCCAACCAGGACGGCAAGCAAGGCGAGGCUGGAGGCGGGGGUGUGGGGGGGAAGUAGGGGGGUACCUCGAGGAGGUGACAUGGAACACGUCCGGCCGUUGAGCCCCCUCCCCAGCGCCUCCUGGGCCACGGGCUGGUCCGCCCACCCCCGAGAGCGCCGUUGCAAUUGGUGGAAAGUUCGGGCACCGCGGCGCAAUUGGCCGCUCGGCCCGCCCACUGCCUCCCAGCAGCUUCCAGGCUCCCGGCCGGGUGGGCGGCCGGCAGGCGCGGGCGGUGGGGGCUGCGCGGGGCCGGGGCCAACGCCCCGGCUGCUCCCGCCGCGCCCCCGCGCGUCGCCGCGCGCCAUGCCGCCCCCGGCGCUGCUCUGCGCCCUUUGCUUCGGCCUCUUGGCCACGGCAGCCCGCGCCGGCUACUCGGAGGACCGCUGCAGCUGGAGGGGCAGCGGCCUGACCCAGGAGCCCGGCAGCGUGGGACAGCUCGCCCUGGCCUGUGCGGAGGGCGGGAUCGAGUGGCUGUACCCGGCCGGGGCGCUGCGCCUCACCCUGGGCGGCUCCGACCCCGGCGCGCGGCCCGGCAUCGCCUGCCUGCGGCCGGCGCGGCCCUUCGCAGGCGCCCAAGUCUUCGCGGAGCGGGCGGGCGGCGUGCUGGAGCUGCUGCUGGCCGAGGGCCCAGGCCCGGCCGGGGGCCGAUGCGUGCGCUGGGGUCCCCGCGAGCGCCGGGCCCUCUUCCUGCAGGCCACCCCGCAUCCCGACAUCAGCCGUCGCGUGGCCUCCUUCCGUUUCGAACUGCGGGAGGACGGGAGUCCAGAGCUGCCUCCGCAGGCCCACGGCCUCAGUGCAGAUGGUGAGUGCAGACCCUGCAGUGAUGCCGAGCUCCUCUUGGCCGUGUGCACCAGCGACUUUGUGAUCCAUGGAACCAUCCACGGGGUUGCCCACGACACAGAGCUGCAGGAGUCUGUUAUCACCGUGGCCGCCGCCCGUGUCCUCCGCCAGACAUUGCCGCUGUUCCGGGUGGGGGGCCCUGGGGGCCAGGCGCAGGCCUCCAUUCACACCCCACUGCACUGUGGUGUCCACCCUGGCCCUGGAACCUUCCUCUUCAUGGGCUGGAGCCGCUUCGGUGAGGCCUGGCUGGGCUGUGCACCCCGCUUCCAAGAAUUCAGCCGUGCCUACACGGCUGCCCAUGCUGACCACCUCCAUCCCUGUGAGGUGGUGCUGGACUGA